CGAAGCCGGUAAAGAACUAUGGGCAUUUGAAAAAGCCGGCUGUCAGCUGUGUGGUGGUCUGAAUGACAAAGUUUAUUCAUUGAGCAUGAGCGAGUGUUCGUAAAAGUAUAGCGAAACUCUUUCGUAAAAAAGUACAUUUAUUAACUGCAUAUGAAAUUAUUAAAUCAACAAAGCGCUUAAAAUAAUGAAACACGGACUGUAAGAGUGAAGUGAAAAAUUGCGACGAAUUUUAGUGAACAAUUUCAAAGAAACUGCACUGCACACACGAACUGAAAAAUGGCUCCUUGGGGUAUACUGACGCUUAUAUGUGUUACAUUCAUCUUUGUCGAAGCCAGGCGCUACCAUCAGAAACGAGAAACUAAAUCUCAUCUCUGUGAUCCAGUAUUUAACAACACGAAUAAAAUUCAAUGCUACUGCGUCAAGGACUCUCGGGAAAAUGAAUUAAUAAAAAGCGCUGAUUGCUAUUCAACAGUCGACGGCAUUUCACAAGACGACCCUAAUUGGAAAAAUUUUGAUGAAUUAAAAAACGUUGGCAAACUAACGUUUACAAACACAAGGGGAGUCCAGAUCAAAUAUAUUCCCAAGAAUGCUCUUAAGCAUACGAACGCUUUGUUAAAAUUAGAAGUAAAAUAUGGAAAUGUUGCAAUCAUUGAACCAUUUGCUUUCGCCAAUUUGAGUCACGUGAAGGAAAUAAUUUUAACAGAUAAUCAAAUUAGGAUUUUAAAAACUAAUGCUUUUGCCCACCAUGCAGAUUUAGCUACAAUCGGCUUAGACACAAAUGCAAUAGUGGAAAUAAAUAGGGACGUAUUUAUCGAUUUGCCGUCGCUGGAAAAGAUUUAUCUCACAAGCAAUAAAAUAACAACGAUUCACGACAGAGCCUUUGUACAUUUGACAAACUUAAGGGAAUUGGAAAUUGAUAGAAAUAAUUUGUUUAGUUUGAACAGCGAAACGUUUUCAGGAUUGAAAAAGUUGGAAAAACUUGAUCUCAGUGGCAAUAGUUUAGAGGUUAUCGGCGACAAUACAUUUGUGCCAUUGAAAAAUUUACGUUCAUUGAAUUUAGAAGGGAAUAAAAUUCAAAUGCUCGAUGAAAAAGCAUUCAAAGGUCUAUCGAGAUUGACUUCUCUUUCGCUAGCACAUAACGUGCUCACAGAAAUCGAUAAUAACAAGAUAUUUGAUGGACUGAAAGCUCUCUCAUUGAUGAAUUUAAAAGGUAACCAACUAAAGAUGCUUAAACCAGAUGUGAUGGCACCAAUCGUGAAAAACUUUUACAGUAAUGUCAGUAGUUUGAACGUUGAAGAUAACAACUUCCCCUGCGAUUGUCGACUCGAUUGGUUCGUUUAUCUAAUGAACCAUACUCGAAGUCCGCACUUAAAACUAUCGAUAGAAAAUUUAAAAUGCACUCCAAGUAAUGAACUUCGAGAGAAAUGGAUGAAAACAAUUGAGGCAGAAAAAAAUGCACAAGAUCAGGAAGAUGUUGAAGGUGUAGCAGGCGCCGACUAUGAAUACUACGACGAGACUCAACUGAACGGAAAUCUAUUUUACACUGACCUAAGAUUUCUUCUCAAUUGUACUGAUAAAGUCGACAAUGCACCAAAUGUUACACCAAAUAUAGCAACCAAACCAAUCAAUAGUUCUACUGAAAGUAUUAAAGUUAAAGAAACCACCGUAGCUACUAAAAUAGUCACUCUCGUUACCACACAUAAACCUAUUAAAGAGACACAAUUAGUGAAUCGCAUAACACCAACUCAAGGUAUACUAGACUUAUCAAUGGAGUCUUCUACGACUGAGGCUGCUAGUGUUAAUGAGAAUAAAGAAGAAAAUAAAGAAAAAAAGCCGAAUCCAUACACAACAAGUCGUCUGGCAACUGUUUCAGCUAAUCCAAUAGAGAAGAAAGGAUACGACGAUCGUGAGAUGGCGUCCGAUGAAGCGGUACCAGAUAAAAUAAAGGCACAUAGAAGUAUUCAAGAAAUGAAGGAUAUUAGAGAUUAUUCUGCCAGUGUUGCGAAUAAGAAUGUAGUAUCUUUGCUUGCUUUAAUGAUACUGUUUAUUACAUUUUUGUAAGUUAGUUAACUAAGUAUUUAUAGACAUUACUCUAAUUUUAUCUCUCACAGUCAUUAAUAUAAUAAAUAACUACAUACUAAGUAA